AGUAGAAAUGCCUUUGUAAAUGACUUUUUUUUUUGUCCUAUGGUUAACAUCGGCAUGACACAAACUGGCUUCACAUCAGCUGACAUUAUCAGACUUAGAGCAUCUUUCGAUGCGUCCGGGCAAGGCCAUGUCUUUACUUUCUGGGAUUCUUUGACAACUGAGCAGCAGCAAGACCUUUAUACCCAACUUACUGAACUUGACAUUUUCCGCAUUAACCAAAUCUACGACACCGCCGUCAAGAAGGCUACCGACUAUACCUCUAAUCAGGCUGCUAUUGCACAUCCGUUGUCAGCUGGUGCCUACGAAUCAACUUUGACUGUGGAUAGCUCCAGCCUUCAGGAAUGGCGUGAACUAGGUUUGAAGCUGAUCGCAGAAGGGAAGGUUGCAGUCAUCUUUGUGGCUGGUUGUAAAGGUACCAGAUUGGGUAGCUCGGGUCCUAGAGGAUACUAUGAUAUCAAUUCGCCUUCAGGAAAGACCUGGUUCCAGUCCCAAGCCGAGCACAUUAUCAAAUUGCAGAAAAUGGCUCGGGCGAGCAAUAGUGUCCAACAUAAUGUUGUUAUUACAUGGUACAUUAUUACAUCAGGUCGUACUCACGACCCGAUAUAUUCCAUUUUCGAAAAUAAUAACUACUUCGGUUUGGAAAAGGAGAACGUUCUCUUUGUAAAACAAGGUAUAUUACCUUGUUUGACCAUGGAAGGCAAGAUCCUUAUGGAAGACAAAUAUAAGGUUGCUGUCGCUGCUGAUAGCAAUGGCGGUAUUUAUCAUGCACUUCAUAAUAAGGGUGUCAUCACUUCGCUUAAGGAACGUGGCAUAUUGUAUUCCCAUUGCUACGAUGUCGACAACUGCCUUACCAGAGCUGCUGACCCAACCUUCAUCGGUUACUCUGUUGCCAAGAACACCGACUGUGGUGUCAAGGUCGUUGCUACAGCUAUAUCAAAGGAACGUGUCGAUGCUGUCGAGUAUUUCCCAAUCUCAAGGGAAGUCUUUGAGAUUCGAAAAACAGAUUGUACUCUUACCUUCGGUACCGCCAACAUUGUAAAUCAUUUUUUCUCCACUGAAUUUCUUGAGCGCAUCUAUACUUUCUCCCAUGAACUGGAAUAUCACAUUGCCAGAAAGAAAAUCAAGCACAUUAAUUUAGAUUCAGGUGAAUUUAUCACUCCCGAACUCUACAAUGGCAUGAUGCUGGAAUGCUUCAUCUUUGAUGUCUUCCCCUUUACUCGCAACCUUAGUGUCUUGGAAGUUGACCUCAAUGAAGAAUUCUCGCUACUCAAGAAUAUCCCUGAUUUUGCCACCGAUUGCUCUGAAACAUCUCGACGUGAUCUGGUCACUCAGCGCUUACGCGAAUUUCAAGCAGCUAAUGGUAGGAAAGUUCGAAAGGAUAAUAAUGAGAAUUUGGAGGUGAAGGUCUCGUCUUUGGUUUCUAUAUGGUGGUGAAGACCUGCAGAAUGUCUGCCAAAAUCAUUUAAAUCUUCUGUUGCUGCUCAAAAUGCCUAUCAGCUUAUCAGUGUUACGCAUAUAGAAGCAGAUACGGCUUACGCUUCUUCCCAUGUUGUUUUGAUUGCCACUACCG